CGCGGCUUCUCCCGCCUUUCGGCGCGACUCUGCCCUCCUCGCUGCAUAUCCUGGCCCCUCGAGUCUAUCGAGCUCUCCUCGCGCGAGCACUUGGAGGGAGGUGGUAAGCGGAUAUCUGAGGAGAUCGGCUUUCAUGCCACCGGUCAAGACGCAGAUGAAGAGAUCGCGCCGCGCCGCCGCGCCGCCCUCUGGCUCAUGGGCGACUGCCGUCGACGAGCCACCCAUGGCGGAGCCUUCCGCACCGGUCGUCACGGCUGACGUCGAGGGCGAAGCCGGCAACGUCACUGCCGCUGUCGUUUCCAUCGACGUUGGAGCGCUUCUCAACCGUGGAGGCGAGCUUGCUCAGGCCGGCCUGUGGCUGCAGUCGUUGCGCGCCUUCGACUCGGCGGCCCAGGCGGAGCCCGGAAACGCGAAAGCGCACGAGCAGCGCGCACAGGUGCUCCUUCAGAUUGGGCGGCCCCUGGAGGCAGUGCAGGCUGCGGGAACGGCGUGCACACUGCGACCCGAGUGGGGAGACGGCCGCCGCACGCUUGCGCGCGCGCAGCUUGAUCAUGGAGAGGUGGCGCUCGCGCUGAGCAGCUUUGACGCCGCGCUCGGGCUCCUUCUCGAUAGCGGCGAUGCUGACGACGCGCGCGAGUGCGCUGAUGAGGCGGAGCGGGCUGACGGGAUCGCGGUCGUCACAGACGUUCGACAGCGACUUCGCGAAGCCGGAAUAGAUCCCGAGGUUGGCGGAGUGAACCGCGAGCCGGGUUUAUGACCCCAGAGAUAUGAGGCAGCAGGUGUAUCAAUCAACUUAAAAACAC